GCGGCGGCCCCUCCUCGGCGGGGUGCCCGCGGUGGCAGGCGGCCGCCCCGCUCCGCUUCGAUGCUGCCCUAGCGAGGGAUAAUGACAAGGAGAGGCGAGGGGCAGAGCCGCCGCCGGGAGCCCCGUCUCUCGCUCGCCUCCCCGCUCACCGGCGCUCCCCGGCUCCCGCUGUCGGGCCGCCCCGCUGACAGGCGGCGGGCGGAGAGGGCAGAGGGGCGGCGGGGGGAUCGCGGUGCGGCCGCCGUUCCCUCCGGGCGCUCCGUGCCCGGCCGGGCAGCGCUGCCCGCCUCCUCCUCCCGCCUCCAUCCCCGCCGCGCGCGCUGCCCGACGAGGCCGGCCGGGAGCAGCAGCGGCGGCCGCCGCCGCCGGAGACCCCGACCAUGUCGAGCAAGAGCCGGAAGAGCAAGGAGCAGGGGAGAGUGACCUUCCCCCCGCAGCAGCAGCAGCAGCAGGAGGAGGAGGAGGAGGAGGAAGCAGAGGAAGAAGAGCGGCAGCGCCGGCGCCGCGGCUGGAGAGGCGUCAACGGUGGGCUGGAGCCCCCGCCGCCGCCCCUGCGCGCCGUGAAGACCCUCCGGGAGCCCUACGGCUACUACCCGCCGCCGCCCUUCGCCAGCACCAUGUACAUUGAAGAAAGUCCGUCUCUGAGGCGUAUGACUAUGAUGAGGGAAAAGGGAAGGCGUCAGGCCAUUAGAGGCCCAGCUUUCAUGUUCAACAACAGAGGCACUAGUCUAACUGCUGAGGAAGAGCGUUUUCUAGAUGCAGCAGAGUAUGGGAACAUACCUGUGGUGCGCAAAAUGCUGGAGGAGUCAAAAACACUGAAUGUCAACUGUGUUGACUACAUGGGCCAAAACGCCUUGCAGCUUGCUGUAGGGAAUGAACAUUUGGAAGUGACAGAACUUCUGUUAAAAAAAGAGAACUUGGCACGGAUUGGAGAUGCCCUGCUGCUCGCAAUCAGCAAGGGCUACAUUAGGAUAGUGGAAGCAAUUUUAAAUCAUCCUGGGUUUUCAGUAAAUAAGCGACUGACUCUGAGCCCUUGUGAGCAGGAGCUCCAGGAUGACGAUUUUUAUUCCUAUGACGAAGACGGCACCCGCUUUUCUCCAGAUAUCACUCCCAUCAUUUUAGCUGCUCACUGCCAAAAAUACGAAGUUGUGCAUAUGCUGUUGAUGAAAGGAGCAAGGAUAGAAAGGCCUCAUGAUUAUUUCUGCAAAUGUAAUGACUGUACGGAGAAGCAAAAGCACGAUUCUUUCAGUCACUCUAGGUCAAGAAUAAAUGCCUACAAAGGACUGGCCAGUCCGGCUUACCUGUCCCUCUCCAGUGAAGAUCCUGUGCUCACUGCUCUGGAACUCAGCAAUGAGCUUGCCAAAUUGGCUAACAUUGAAAAAGAAUUCAAGAAUGACUAUCGCAAGCUGUCUAUGCAAUGCAAGGAUUUUGUGGUUGGUGUUCUUGAUCUCUGCCGAGACUCGGAAGAAGUGGAGGCCAUCCUUAAUGGGGAUUUGAAUUCAGAGCCAGUUGAAACGCAGAGACACAGAGCAUCACUGAGCCGUGUGAAACUGGCCAUUAAGUAUGAAGUCAAAAAGUUUGUGGCUCAUCCAAACUGUCAGCAACAGCUACUGACUAUCUGGUACGAAAAUCUCUCAGGACUGCGGGAGCAAACCAUAGCCAUCAAGUGUCUGGUUGUGCUGGUUGUGGCGUUGGGCCUUCCAUUUCUAGCCAUUGGUUAUUGGAUUGCGCCGUGUAGCAGGCUUGGAAGAAUUCUUCGAAGCCCAUUUAUGAAAUUUGUGGCACAUGCAGCAUCCUUCAUUAUUUUCCUAGGCCUGCUGGUGUUCAAUGCCUCUGACAGAUUUGAAGGUAUAACAACGCUACCGAAUGUCACUGUUACUGAUUACCCUAAGCAGAUCUUUAGGGUGAAGACUACUCAGUUCACCUGGACAGAAAUGCUGAUCAUGGUAUGGGUACUUGGUAUGAUGUGGUCAGAAUGCAAAGAGCUGUGGCUGGAAGGACCCAGGGAAUAUAUUUUGCAGUUGUGGAAUGUUUUGGAUUUUGGGAUGUUGUCCAUUUUCAUUGCUGCUUUCACAGCAAGGCUUCUAGCAUUCCUGCAGGCCACAAAAGCACAACAGUAUGUGGACAACUACAUAGAGGAAAGUGACCUCUCUGAGGUCACACUUCCUCCAGAAAUAGAAUAUUUUACCUAUGCUAGAGAUAAAUGGCUUCCAUCUGAUCCUCAGAUAAUAUCUGAAGGCCUUUAUGCAAUUGCUGUUGUUCUUAGCUUUUCUCGGAUUGCAUAUAUCCUGCCUGCAAAUGAGAGUUUUGGACCCUUACAGAUUUCACUUGGAAGGACUGUUAAAGAUAUCUUCAAGUUUAUGGUCCUUUUUAUUAUGGUAUUUCUUGCAUUUAUGAUUGGAAUGUUCAUACUGUAUUCCUACUACCUUGGAGCUAAGCUAAACCCAGCCUUUACAACAGUUGAAGAAAGUUUCAAAACCUUAUUUUGGUCAAUAUUUGGCUUGUCUGAAGUAACCUCUGUUGUCCUGAAAUACGAUCAUAAGUUCAUUGAGAACAUUGGAUAUGUUCUCUAUGGCAUAUACAAUGUCACAAUGGUGGUAGUUCUGCUCAACAUGCUGAUUGCUAUGAUCAACAGUUCAUAUCAAGAAAUCGAGGACGACAGUGAUGUAGAGUGGAAGUUUGCUCGCUCUAAACUUUGGUUAUCAUAUUUUGAUGAUGGAAAAACAUUACCUCCACCAUUUAGUCUUGUACCAAGCCCCAAAUCUUUUUUCUAUUUCAUCAUGAGGAUCAUUAACUUUUCUAAGUGCAGGAGGAGACGUCUGCAGAAGGACAUUGAAAUGGGAAUGGGCAAUUCCAAAUCGAGGUUAAACCUUUUCACUCAGUCGAACUCCCGAGUUUUUGAAUCACACAGUUUUAACAGCAUUCUCAAUCAGCCGACACGCUAUCAGCAAAUAAUGAAAAGACUGAUAAAACGUUACGUUCUGAAAGCACAAGUUGACAAAGAAAAUGAUGAAGUAAAUGAAGGUAAGAGGCUGUAUUUUUUCACAUUUCAGAGAGAAUUUUUGUUGCAUUUAUUAGAAAUUGGUGUUACAGUGGUGCAUGGAGCCUUCAGUAAAAAUGAGUUUAUUUCUACUUCACGUGCACUGAAGUCAGAUAGCAAUGGUAGUAUGCGCAACAAAGACAAGUAGGAUCAAAAAAGUGGAACUGAGAAAGUUUAUGGGCCCCACUUACAGAUGGAAAGUGAGGGUAUGGACAUGAUGCACCCACAGUCACAGCAGAAGUUUGUGAGGAAGUCACUAACUGUAGUGAUGCUUCCAGAGUCCGAGUCAGAGCUGUGGGAUGUCUUUCCAUUUCAUUCAGUUGAACACACAAUUUGCAUUCAACAAUAUGAACCACUCAUACUCCCUUCUUUGAUAAAUCUUUGUGGAAUACUCAUCUGUGAAUUUGCACAUCAUUUAAAAAAAAAAAAAAGCAGCACAGAGUUAACUGUAUGGUGAAAAAAGAUGAAAACUGCAGCCACUGUUCUAGUGUACAAUCAGAGAUCAUUUCAGAGAUGAUGCACCUGAGUGUUGUGUCCAUGUCGGGACUGUGGGGGCCUUGGGAACAUCCCUAUCAGCAGUGAGCGGCGCAUGCUCAAGGCACAGAUCCCAGCUCCCCACUAUGGGUGGUGUACAGGUCUUUCUAACUCCCUGAUGUCUGUCUGGGUGUUUACAACAUGUGUUCAGGUAAGUGCAGAGGAAACACGGUUCAUGCACAUCACAGUUAUUGCAUAUCACCAAUCUUUCCUAAGUCCACUCUGGGGAAGGCAGCUAGCCCCUGAACCUAUCUGCAACUAUCUCUAGAGAAUUUAGGUAUUUCAUAUUUUUUGUAUAUGACAACUAAUUUCCUGCAGUGGGUACUGUGCAAGAAUUAACAUGCUCAUACUUGCAGGAAGAAUAGCAUUAUUUGAGUAUUUUAAAAAGCUUCUGCUCGUGAGCUGGGUAUCUUACACUGGAAAACAUGGUGUAUCUUGUUACAAGCCGAGCUUGACUAUUGUUUCCAUUUAAAUGCUGUUACUGUCCUUGUGUUGAAUUGUAACAAUUUUAAAUUGGUUGACUCUUUCUAAUUCAAAGGAUGUUGGUAAGGAAGAGGAGAGAGACUCAGAAGCUGUGAGUUUUCUUGCCAGCUGCGCCGCACUUUUCCUGUGUGAUCUUGGCAUAUCACUUCAGAAACAAAUCUCUUUGCCUUUUCUCUCUCCAAGGCGGUACUAACAUUUACCAGCUGUUCAGCAGUGUUGCGGUGAUUAAUUCAUUAACCUAUGCAGAGGGCUUUUUGAGUCUUUGAUGUUCUGUGUAUGUGUGAAGCACACAACACUAGUGUUGUUUGGAUUCUUAAAACCACCUUUGGUUACUGUCCAGGGGUGGACACACUCACAUCCCAUAGAGGAUGAGGAAGAAGUAAAGCCUUCGGCCCCCCCUUCCCCCCCCAGCUUUCAUGAAUGUUCUCAAUGAGCAGGGAAUCAUCUGAAAUAGGCUCUAAUGUGACUUGAUGUUAUUUAAUGAAUGUUUAACAGACUUUGCUAAUGAUUAUUUCUUUCAAUGCUUAAUACAGGCGAAUUAAAGGAAAUCAAACAAGAUAUCUCCAGUCUUCGCUAUGAACUUUUGGAGGACAAGUCCCAAGCGACAGAAGAGUUAGCGAUUUUAAUACAUAAACUCAGCGAGAAACUCAAUCCUAAUAUGUUGAGAUGUGAA